AUAUCAUGUUUCUCUUUCUUGAAUCAAAUCUAUAAUGGUUCUAUUUCUCCCCAAAUGAUUGUAGACUUGCUCUAUGAGAAAAAGACUAUUUCCUUCCAUGCUUGUAUGACUCAAGUCUUCAUAGGUCAUUUCUUUGCUGGUGCUGAAGUCAUUCUUCUGGUGGUGAUGGCUUAUGACCGGUAUGUAGCCAUCUGUAAACCUCUUCAUUAUUUGAUCAUCAUGAAUCGGCGGGUUUGUGUUCUCAUGCUGCUCGUGGCCUGGACUGGAGGUUUUCUGCAUUCACUGACUCAAUUUCUCUUUAUUUAUCAGCUCCCUUUCUGUGGCCCCGAUGUCACUGACAACUUCGCAUGUGACACAUACCCGUUAUUGAAACUUGCUUGCACCAACACCUACCUCAUUAGACUUUCUAUGGUAGCUAAUGGAGGGGCAGUUUGCACUGUCGUCUUCUUCAUUCUCCUAGUUUCCUAUGGGGUCAUAUUAUGCUCCCUUAAGACUCAUGAUUUGGAAGGGAAAUACAAAGCCUUCUACACAUGUGCUGUGGUCAUUUUAUUCUUUGUUCCUUGUAUCUUCCUGUAUGCAAGGCCUAAUUUCACCUUUCCCUCAGAUAAAUUCGUGACUGUAGUUUUAACUUUCAUUAUUCCUAUGUUGAACCCCUUAAUCUACACCCUGAGAAAUGCAGAAAUGAAAAAUGCCAUGAGGAGGCUUUGCAGUAAAUAUGUGGUCUCAGCUGGAAGAGGGCUGCAUCCCUUGUGA